GACCCGAAGAGGGGCCGAGGACAGUUCUUGGCGGUGCGGGAAAGGGGCGAGACUUUUUACAUAGGGGUUCUCCCCCUUUUCCCCCAUGGAAAAGGGGGCGGCUGUUUACUUCCUUUUUUUAGAAAAACAUUUUUUCCUCCUUCUUUCACACGCUAAGUUGUUUAUUUCGACAGCGGUGGGAGCUGUGGAAGGUGGCGGGAGAACCGGACCCCUGGAGGAGCUGGUAUUAACCGAUGGACUCAAAAGAAUCUUUAAGUACCUCUCGUGGAGAAGAAACCACCAAAAGUAUACAUGGUCGAAGCAGAGGAAAUGUAAUGGACUAUUAUAAAGCCAUAAGGGGUGGAGCUCCUGUGAAGAUUCCUGCAUCUUCAUCCUCAGUGGCUGCUGCUUCUCAGUCUGACUCUAAGCAGCAACCUCUUUUGGGUGACUAUUCUAAAGUAUCAGCAAGCAGUGCACAGCAGCCAGACCUCUCCAAGGCGGUCUCGCUAUCAAUGGGACUCUACAUGGGUGAUACAGAUUCAAAAGUGAUGGGAAAUGAUCUGGUAUUUCCUCAACAGGGCCAAAUUGGUGUUUCUUCUGGUGAAACAGAUUUUAGGCUUCUUGAAGAGAGCAUCGCAAGCCUCAGUAAGUCAUCCAGGGUGUCCAAAAGCCCCAAGAGUUCAGCAUCUUCUGCUGCAGACAAUGAAUUUCCAACAACAUCUAAUUUCGAUAAAACUUUAGAAAAGCCAACUCUAAAAAAGGCCUUGCCUGGCACUAAUGAUGGCAGUACAAAAUUGUAUACUGAAGACCAAAGUACUUUUGAUAUUUUACAGGAUUUGGAAUUGCCCUCUGGGUCCCCAAGUAAGGAGGCAAAUGAGAGCCCUUGGAGAUUAGACCCCUUGCUAGAUGAAAACUGUUUGCUUUCUCCUUUGGCAACAGAUGAGUCAUUUCUUUUAGAAGGAAAUGCAGAUGAAGACUGCAAGCCUCUUAUUUUGCCGGACACUAAGCCUAAAAUUACUGAGCAGGGGGGACUGAUUUUGCCCAGUUCUAAUAUGCCAUUGCCUCAAGUGAAAACAGAAAAGGAAGAUUUUAUUGAACUUUGUACUCCUGGGGUAAUUAAACAGGAGAAACUGGGCCCAGUUUACUGUCAAGGAAGUUUUUCUGGGGCAAAUAUAAUUGGUAACAAGAUGUCUGCCAUUUCUGUUCAUGGUGUGAGUACCUCUGGGGGACAGAUGUACCACUACGACUUGAAUACUUCGUCUGUUUCUCAGCAGCAGGAUCACAAGCCUGUAUUUAAUGUCAUUCCACCCAUUCCUGUUGGUUCAGAAAAUUGGAAUAGGUGCCAGGGAUCUGGAGAUGACAACUUGACUUCCUUGGGAACUCUAAAUUUCACUAAUAGAUCUGUUUUUUCUAAUGGAUAUUCAAGCCCUGGAAUGAGACCAGAUGUGAGCUCUUCUCCAUCCAGUUCCUCCACAACAGUGGGACCACCCCCCAAACUCUGCCUCGUUUGCUCCGAUGAGGCUUCAGGAUGUCAUUAUGGUGUCCUAACGUGUGGAAGCUGUAAAGUGUUCUUCAAAAGAGCAGUGGAAGGGCAGCACAAUUAUCUUUGUGCUGGAAGAAAUGAUUGUAUCAUUGAUAAAAUUCGAAGAAAAAACUGCCCAGCAUGUCGUUACCGAAAAUGUCUCCAAGCUGGAAUGAACCUAGAAGCUCGAAAGACAAAGAAGAAAAUUAAAGGAAUUCAGCAACCCAAUCCAACAGCAACAAGAGAGAAUUCUGAAAGUCCUGUCAACAAAACAAUGGUUCCUGCAUCAUUGCCACAGCUCACACCAACACUCGUGUCACUGCUGGAGGUCAUUGAGCCAGAGGUGUUAUAUUCAGGAUAUGAUAGUUCGAUACCUGAUAGCACUUGGAGGAUCAUGUCGACACUUAACAUGUUAGGAGGACGGCAAGUGAUUGCAGCAGUGAAAUGGGCAAAGGCAAUACCAGGUUUCAGAAACUUACACCUGGAUGACCAAAUGACCCUGCUGCAGUACUCCUGGAUGUUCCUGAUGUCUUUUGCACUAGGAUGGAGAUCAUACAAACAAUCGAGUGGCAGCCUGCUGUGUUUCGCUCCUGAUCUGGUUAUUAAUGAGCAAAGGAUGAAUUUACCCUGCAUGUAUGACCAAUGUAAACAUAUGCUACUUGUGUCCAGUGAAUUACAAAGGCUUCAGGUUUCUUAUGAAGAAUAUCUCUGCAUGAAAACCUUAUUACUUCUCUCUUCAGUUCCCAAGGAAGGUUUGAAGAGCCAGUCACUCUUUGAUGAGAUUAGAAUGACUUACAUCAAAGAGCUGGGGAAAGCCAUAGUCAAGAGGGAAGGAAACUCAAGUCAGAACUGGCAGCGAUUUUAUCAGCUGACUAAACUUCUGGACUCCAUGCAUGAGAUAGUUGAAAACCUUCUGAACUAUUGCUUCCAAACAUUUUUGGAUAAGACCAUGAGCAUCGAGUUCCCGGAGAUGUUGGCUGAAAUCAUCAGCAAUCAGAUACCAAAAUACUCAAAUGGAAAUAUCAAAAAACUCCUCUUUCAUCAGAAGUGACUGCCUUAAUACAAAAGGUUGCCUUAAAGAAAAGUCAGAUUUAUAGCUUUCAUCAUACAGACUUACAGACUGGUUCACUUCUGUCCUCGUGGUGGCGUUUCUUCUGCAAUUAUGCACUACAUGUGGUUUCUAGAGGGCCAAGACUUGGACAUGAACACAGUUGCUUUGAAGCAACAGGAGCAGUAGGGAGAAAGGAAGUGAAAUAAGUCAUUUUGGACAUCCUGGAAAUCAGACACGUCAUCCUGGGAAGGAACUUCUCAGUGGAUAGAAAAUGGCACCCCAACUCCCGCUGCCAGGAAUCUGCAUCAUGAACAUUCUACUAGUGAUUUUCCACAGUUGGUUGGAUAAGUGUUUUCUGGGACUUUUUUUGGUCAUGUUUUUCUUUUUUCUUUUUUUUUUUUCUUCCCUUCUCUCCCUGUAUAGUUAAGAUAGCCUUUUGAUUUAUGCAUGGUAACCCAAAAAAGUUUACAAAUGUAUGCCAGAAAAGGGAAGUUGUGCCUUUUAUAGCUAUAACUGUCUGGUUUUAGCAAUUUCCUUUACCUUUAUAUCCAGUGAACUAGGCCUGCCCAUUUUUCUUACAUCAUUUUUGUAUUCGAGUUGCCUGUUGUACAGCUGUCUGUUUCAGGUGGCAUCCGGUUCACGGCUUUGCUAAAUAAAUGCGAACCAUUGUUCUUCUGUGUGAAAA